GGGAAAUCGUCAACCACUACGAAGUGGGAUGCUAUUCUGAGAGGGGAAGGGAGCGGGGCCUCGAGUGGCCGCCGCCUAUCUCACGCUACCACCAGUACAUCGCGUGAAGAGGUACUGGUCUCGGAUCCUGCAGUGACACGGACGCCAAGCAUCGAGCUUGACGUACGGGCCUCACGUCGAACAUCAAGGCAGGUACUACCUGUACCACGAGUGUCGAGCGAUCGACUCGACGUGCAGCAUACUAGUGAUCAUCGCAGCCACGACAUCACCUUGGAAGCCAGUACCUCGCGCCGCGAAGUACUGGGAUUGAACCGAGUACCGACUGCACGGGGUCACCCAGUGACUGUCGAUGUGAGUCAAUGGCCCAUGGAUAAGGCGUCGCGCGAGGAGUGCUUCACACUCCUUGCAGACCAACUCGACCUCGACCUCGAUGAGGCUGAUUUUGCGGCGAGUGUUGGCGAGUGGGACAUUUGGGCUCACUGCAAGAGGUCAGCACUUAGCUGUGGGCAUGCAAUCGAGGAGAUGUCCCCGCGACUGGGGACAUAUUCUCGUGCAGCUCGUCGAGCAUGGGACCACUUCCAGAGGGAGUUGGAAGUGGUUCCUCUCGAGUUCGAUCCUCUGCUGGUUGCACCAUUACCUAUGGAGAUGGUGCGAUAUUGGGCCUACAACAAGCUGGGAUGGCUUGUUGUACCACCUCGCAGUCAACCUCAGGAUGACUCCGACUGGUACAACUCCUCUGAUGAGGAGCCUCGUACCACAACUCGUGAGGAUUACUCUGACCAUGUUGAGUCAGAGUCUCUCUCCGAGUCCGAGCAUCAUAGCUCGUGGGAUUCUUCGAAUCCAGGUUCUGAGGGGGCAAACUCAGUAGUAGUCUCUGACUACUACGAGCAGUCCGAGAUGGAGGAUACCUACAGUUCUUCUGCACUAUCUGCUGAAGACGAGGGUAACUCCGAAGAUGCAGACUAUUACUCGGAGUCCGAGUAGUAGUCUACAUGCUGGUUGCACAACUCUGUCGAGUUGUGUAUGACAAUGGUGAACGGUCGUGUCUGCUCACUGACAUGAAGUAGUUUGUCGCUGUCUACAGUUCAACAUCAUCUUUGUCUUGCCAAUUGCUACCACCGUUGGGUGGUUGCAUGUACUAUUCCUUUCUUUCCUUUUUCUCUCUGUUUCUCUGGUUAUCGCUGGGACCCGUGGUCGUGUCCAGUGGGGGAGAGUGUAACGGAUAUUCCCGUUAUAGUAUAUCUUACAUUACAUAUUUGUCCUUG